AUGACUCGCCCAACCCUCGCCACUCUCCUCCCGCUCCUGGCGCCUUUUCUCCUCGCCACCUCAGCCCUAGCCGACACUCCCUUGACCUCGGCCGACUGCGUGCCCAUCCGCCUACCCAGCACCCUCGGCCGGACGGGCGACAACGCCCACGGCCGCCAAGCAGUCGUGUGGUAUGUGCCCUCGACAGGAAAAGAGUGCCUGCCCAACCCGGCCCAGCGCCGUGCCGUGGACCAGCUGAACGGCGGUGAUCCGACUCCCGGAGGCGGCCCGGCUCCGGCCGCGGGUGAUGCGGCUGCGCAGCAGCCUGCGCCGACGGAGGCGCCGCCUGCGGGGGAUGCUGAGGGGGAUGGUGUGCCUGCUCCUACGGAGGGUGCCGGUGAUGGUGUGCCUUCCCCGACUGGGCCGACGGCUGUUCCUUCGCCGACGGGGCCGCCGGCGAGUGGACAUGAUGGGGAGACGGGUAAUGGCACGGGUGCCGGGACGGGCGCGGGAACGGGAACCGGUACGAGCGCCGGCAGUGCUGAUGGGAAGGGUAAUGGGGAUGCGGCCGGAAGCAGUGUCACCACGGGCGUGCCCCCAGUUGAGACGGGUUCGGGUUCGGGUGUUGGCGCUGGUACCGGGAGCGGUCAUGGGCAGCCCAAUGGGCACGACAGCAGUGAUGGACAGGGAGAGAGCAGCGGCGCGAAGACAGUCACUGCUGCUCCCGUCACUGCCACGGUGACUACCGCAGUGACUAGGCCCGGCGGUGUCGUUGUGACUACUGCUGUUGUGGUGGUCACCGGUGGCAGCAGCAGCUUGGGAAGUAGCAGCUCGAACGGCGCGAAUGGCAAUGGUGGUGCGGGCAGCGACCCGAACCAGAGCAUCUCGACCAUGACGACGGUGAUGGUGGAGAUGGUUGACGGUACUCCUCAGCCUGUGCCUCCGCCUGCUGCUGGUGCUGAUCCGGCAGCUACCGGUCACCCGAACGCGGCUGGUACUUUGACGGGCAUGUGGCGGGCUGUGGGAGUCGCCGUGGGUGUUGCUGCUGGGGCGUUGGUAUUCGCUUAA